UACAAGUCUGUUUAAGCCAACUUCAUAACAAAUAACCAUUUUAUACAGUCUAUGCAAAUAACAUGCAUACACUAUGUUUAUUUCAUUGUUGUUUACUUCAUCAUUUCACAUAGCAUAGAAUUGCUCAAAAACUUCUCCUUUUAAGGAGAAGAAAAAAAGCAUACAUUUAUACUUUUUCAAAAGAUAAGAGAAACCACUGAAUCUGACAAGACUCACUUUGGUCACUUGCAUGUGACACACCCUGUGCUGCAGAGCCGACUCCUCAGAUAGUCAUUGGCAUCAAUGGAGGAAGUUUAUGAGAAUGUUGAAUAUGAGGAAGGUGUUGAAUUCAAAGGAACCCCCAAAAAACAGACAGGCUCCGAGGUUUCAAAGAGAUUUCCUGGAGCUGCUGUCCUGUUUCUGGGGCUGCUCAGUGUUCUCCUGCUGGCUGGACUCAUCGGCGUCUGUGUCCACUACCAUGUCUCAGCAUAUGGAUCAGCUCCAGAUCUCUCCAUGAUCAAAGCCAACCUGACUGAAAGUCUCAACGCCAGUUAUAAAAAGAUUUCUUCCCUGACUGAAGAAAGAGACCAGCUGAAAGCCAGAAUCACUGAAAUGACUGAAGAGUUGAAGAAGUCUGUCCCAAAAGAGAAAACGUGUCCUGCAGGAUGGAGGAUGUUCAGUGGUGCCUGUUAUCUCCUCUCUUCUGGGAGGGGUUCCUGGGAUGAAGGCAGAAAGGACUGCAGAGGCAGAGGAGCAGAUCUGGUGGUGAUAGACAGCCCUGCAGAGCAGGAGUUUCUCAAAAAGUUCACCCAGACAUAUGCUUGGAUUGGUUUGACUGACAGAGUUAAAGAAGGAACCUGGAAAUGGAUAGAUGGAACUCCACUGACUCUGAGCAACUGGGAAGUGAACCAGCCUGAUAAUGGUGGUGGAGAUCCACAGUGGGGUGAAGAGGACUGUGUCCAUAUCAGACCUGACAGCGAGUGGAACGACCGGUCAUGUGAAACCUCAAUGCAGUGGAUCUGUGAGAAAACGGCUCCACAUUGCUGAACGUUUUGAGAUCAUCAAUUUGAUAAUGCUUUGGCUUUGGCAAUAAUGCUCUGUCAUGAUGAGAUGAUCCACCACCAUUCCAGCCAGUGUGUGUGUGUGUGUGUGUGUGUGUGUGUGUGUGUGUGUGUGUGUGUGUGUGUGUCAUGUGAUGCAGUUGAAAGCCCCAUAGAGUAGUGCAGAGAUGACGGCCUUUUGUAGGCCAACACAGAAGUUAACAUUGCCCUGGUUCCCUCAACAAAAGCCUGUGGGAUUUUUCAGUAAGAUUUUGGAUAAUUGCACAAAAUAAUCUCUGUGGCAAACAAAAGUUUGUGAUACUUACAGGAUUUGUUUAGCAGGAUAGUCUUUAUAAAGGAACACAUUUUUUAUUAUUUCUGAAGCAUCAAUGCAAUCACCAUGAGGAAAAAGCUAACGCUGGGCUAUAAACAAACAACACUAUGGUCGUGUGACUUCAAUGUCCUCACCAUAACGAGGCUGUAAGGGUGAGUUUGGCAUGAUGAUGCUCUGUGGUCUCAUUUAGCCACUCGUUAGCAACUGUCUUUUUUAAGACUCAUUAAGGCUUCAAAAUUUACAAUUUGGGUAUUGACUGACAUAUUUUACGUGUAGACCAAAACCUCAAAGUCUCUGAAGCUUGUGUUAAACAGACCUUAUUUCAGGCAUCUAACCAAAAACCCACUGACUUCAAGAUGAGGGAACCAGGAGUGCUAAAAUGCUCACUCAUUUCCCAGUUUUCGGACUCAUUCCUGCACCACUCUGUAACAGCUGCAGCCAAUAAAGUUUGUGCUUUCACCUACCCCUAGAUCAGUGGUUCCCAACUGGUGGGUCGUGAAUCCAUUCUGAAUGGAUCGCAAGUGACUCGUAAAUGUGUCAAGUUUGUAAAAAAUACACUUUAUUUUCAAGCACAGUGAAUUUCCAACACAAUGCUUUUAUUUUGAAGUGCUGUUUCCUGCUGUAGAGUAGCAUAUAUACAAUAUGCACUUAAUUUUGCAAUGAGAAUGUUUUGAGAUGAUUAAAGAGAGAAAGGAAUAUUUGUGAAGCUGUGUAAUUUGUAUUCCAUAACUAACUGCAAUGUAAAGUCAUCUGACCCAACCAGCAUAUAUAAAAACGGCGGAAUGAAGCCAUAUUUC